GAGAGAGGGAGGGAGAGGGAGAGAGAGAGAGGGGGGGUCGCGCUCAGAGGUAAUUAGGUAAAGCGAGCUCUAUAGAAAGCGAAGAUUCGAGGAGAGAGAGAGAGAGAGAGAGAGAGAGAGAGAGGGGGUGGGGGAAACGGUCAAAAAGCUGGGGCACCUCCUCCUCGGUUUCUAGGGUUCCGGCGACUCUGCAGCGGCGGCGGAGAUUUGGAAUUUAUGGCUUGCCCUACUUGCCUAUAAGGCCCAAAAACAGAAAAAUGUGCAAAAAAUCGGAAAAAAAAGAAGAGGAAGCUUGCGGGGCAGGGACAGGUUUUUGAAUGUCUGCUUGCACGCAUACAACUUUAGACUAUAGAUUGAUGUCGGUGGUCAUAAAGCUCAACUUAUUUUCAUUUCAGAGUGGUGAUGGCAACAGCCUUUUCUCGCAAGGAUUGCAAAAUUAAAGCUUUCACCUAUAUGCGUAUUGUGGAUAGCCAUAAUGCUUGGUAAUUUCUUUACUACUCCUGAAAUGAAUGAUGGUAUAGCUACUAUCACCAGAGUUGAAGAGUUGGUUUGUGAGAUAAAAAAACUGAAAGAUUGUGUUAGUAGUAACCUACAUGAUGCACUAAAGCAGUGGUCAGCAGUUGCAGGAACUUUAGCAGUUACAGAGAACAAGGAAUGCCUUAAUCAUUUUGUUCAGUUAAAUGGGCUUAACUUCCUCAACCAGUGGUUCCAAGAAGCCCAAAAGUGCAGUACUGAUAUCGGCGAUAACUUUUCCGAGGAAUUGAUAAACUCACUGUUAAAAUCACUAGAAAGGUUACCAUUAGACGAUGAAAGGUUAGCUUCUUCUGGAAUUCGAACUACUCUUGAACAACUCCUUGUUCACAAUAAUACUCGAAUCAAGGAAAAAGUGAGAACAUUGUGUGGUAAGUGGAGUCAAUUGAAGGAUAAUAGUCUAAGUUCUGAGGUAGUAUCCAAAAAGGAUCCAGAAAGUUCACAACCUCCUUCGGAUAUUGGAAAGGAUUCUACACCGAGUCAGGUUCCGCCCUUGCCAUCUAAUACCACUAUUGCUUCUAAUGCUUGUCAGGAUAAUUUGUCCAUUGCAGAAGAGUCUUCUGCUUCCCCUGCUGCUGGAUUGGCCUCCUCCAGCUCAUGCAGUUCACAGGUUGAUAAAGGCAAGAGUUAUGAUGUACCCAAUGGUGUGAAAGAGAUGCAGAUUGAUAAAUUGGAAAGUGAUUCAGGCAGAACUAAUGAAAGAGAAAGAUGCAGUGUUGCACCAUCUAGCAGUUUAUCUUCCUCAAUACCUGCACCGCCAAUUCCAAUUGAACAAACUGUAUUGAGUAACUCAGAUUUGGAUUCUAGGAGAAGGAAUGACUCCUGUACAGGUGCCAUUAUCGAGCCUCGAUCUGAUAAUGCUAUAGACCAAAGUAAGGCUUUGGAUUUGGAUUCUAAGAGAAGCAAUGACUCCUGUACUGCUGCCAUUAUCGAGCCUCGAUCUGAUAAUGCUAUAGACCAAAGUAAGGCACAAAGCCCUGAGUUUUUUCCAACAAAAGAAGCAUCUGAAAGUGAUAGCGACAGUAAAGAUCUUUGUGAGACUUAUUCUAUGACAAUGAAGAGAUUAGAGUUGGACCAUAUAAACAUUAGUUCAGAAGCAUUGGAGGCUAAGGCUACUGAGUCCUCUGAAAAGAAGUUGAAACUUGAUACUGACUAUGAGGAUAUCGAUGCAUUGGAAGUGGCAAGGCAAGUUGCUAUCGAAGUUGAAAAGGAAGUUGUUGACUACAGAGAGGCUUUAUGCAGCUCUCCUGAUGCCCAUUCUGGGGAUGCGAAGGUUGCUGAUACUUUUGAUCUCAAAGAAACUAAGCAGGAUGAACCAGUGAUCAGGGCAAUUGAUAAGAAUGAACUACCAGGUGGUGGUAAUGCUUCUCUGAGAGAGGAUGGUAAUGCUUCUCUGAGAGAGGACGGCGGUUCAGGAAUUACGGAGAACAUCAGUUCUUGUAGUGAAAAACAUGAAGCAGAUUUAGAAUCACCCAAGUUGAAUUCUGCUAAAAAAUUUGUUGGUGAAUCUGGUAAGGAUAGAUGUGGCUUUGAUCUUAAUGCGAACAUUUGCAACGAGGAAAAUGAUCUCUAUAUGAAGCCGGCUUCUUCUCUCCCCAUACAUGUAGCAGCUUCAAGAGGAGCUCCUCUUUUGCCGAUUACUCGUAUCCACUUUGAGGGUGAGCAAGGAUGGAAAGGAACUGCUGCCACUAGUGCUUUUCGACCAGCUUCUCCUCGAAGAACUCCUGACGAUGAGAAGGCAACUACAAGCCUUAAGCAGAAGGCAAAUUUCGUGGGCAUUGAUCUAAAUGUGACUGAAGGUGAGGAUGAUUCUUCAACCGAAGUCAUUUCAAGUACAGAAGAAUGGGCCAAUUUGGACCUAAACCGCCUUGGGACUGAGAAUUUUGACUCGAAGCCAGCGGUGAGGGAUUUUGAUUUGAACGACAAUCUAAUGUCAUUGGAUUCGGGUGAUUCUAAUGAAAUUUCUUCUAAUGCCUCUGUAAUUACGCUUAUGGGCGCAAAAUUGACUGUGGAUAAGAAAGGUCAUUCCGAGAAAAUUCAACAGCCGCCCUUUCUAGGAAACGAGCGGCAUGUGGGACCCACAGUUUCUUCGGUAUCCAUGCCGCCAUAUACUGCUCAGAUUCCUUCAGUAUCUGUGCUUCCUUAUACUCAGAUCUUUCCUCCGGGUUAUCCCAUGACUACUCCGGUACUAUAUGGACCUCAGAGCAUUCCUUUCAUGUUUGAUUCUAGAGGAAAUGCUAUUGUUCCGCAGGUUAUCAGGGGGCCACUCGGCGGCCCACUAUCAACAAUGCCGCCAUUUUUUCCAAAUUACCCCUCCAACUUGGAAGAAUUCGCGUCUCUACGGCGAGGCCCGGAUCUGAAUUCUGGAACUGUUGCUUCAUUGGAUGGCGUGAGUAGGGAUUUUCUUUUGCAAGGCCACAGUGGUAUGACUCAAGAGCCGAUGAGAGGCACCUUGCAUCCUACCUCUACUUCGGGGAUGGCCGUGAAGCGGAAGGAGCCGGAAUGUGGGUGGGAACCUUAUGUUUUUGGUCACAAACAAGUCACAUCUCGACAAUAGUCUUUUCCCCCUUUUUUUUUCCUUUCUCUUUGUCAACAUUUUAGGGAUGAUUGGAAGUGUUGCUGGCCCCUAAAAAGGUUGGGACAAGUCGACUAUCUCAGACAGACUACUAAUAGGUAAAAAGUGAAUAACGCCAAGUAUAGAUAAUUUGUUGGAAAUUUGAUUUCUGAGUAUUAUUUAGGGAUAUUUGAUUUGAGCAAAAGUAGUUGUUGGAGGUAUGGUUGUUUACAUGCAAGUUUAACUAGUAAAGCAAUUUCCCCCCAUCCGUUGGAACCUCGGUACAUGUAUCUCUCUCAUAAACAAGCUAACAUAGUUGCCUAUCAGUUGUUACACAUGACAUGCUUCUUUUUAACUCUUCUUUUUUUUAAAAAAAAUUGCGGUUAAUUCUUGCUUA